UUCGAGUCGUGUGAGUCCUGUGGUGUGGUGUUUGUGAUUUGAAAGAAUCGAAAGAAAAAAAGAUGGAAGGGCAAAGCGGUGAUGAAGUAAGCAUACAAGAGCUCGCCUCCAAUCUUUCUAUCUACAAAGAUCAACUCCAUCAGGUUAGACAACUUCUAAAUGACGAGCCUGGAAAUUCUGAGUAUGUGGACAUGGAAAGGGAGCUUACUGAGGUGAUUGCUUUAACGGAAGAACUCCUUGCAACUGCAAAGCAAAAUGAAAUAUCUGGUUCAAAUGCUAGUGCAUCUCCAAGUUUGUCAAAACCUAAGGAGAAUCUAGUGGUACAUGCUCGAUUUUCUGAUUUGACUUUAGAUGGCUUUGAUCAUGAGAAAUUUCCUGUUGGCACUAAAGUUCAGGCAGUUUGGAGUGAAGAUGGGGAGUGGUAUGAUGCAACAAUUGAAGCCUAUUCCCCAAAUGGUUAUUAUGUUUGCUAUGAAAAUUGGGGUAAUAAAGAAGAGGUUGAUCCUGCCAAUAUAAGGCCAAUUCAAGAAGGUACUGUUGAUGCCUUGUUAGAAGCUGAACGAGUUGCCGAAGCUACAAAGCAGGCUAUCAAACGUAAAAUUGCGCAAGCUGCAUCUGUUGAUUUUCAGUCGCGAAGUUUACCUGCAAAGCUUCGUAUUGAGCCUGAUGACCCUGAGGAUGUGAAAGCUGCCAAACGUAAGAAAAUACAUGCCUUUAAGUCAAAGAUGAGGAUGGAGCAACUUGAAGUCACACAAAAUAAGAGGCAAAAUGCUUGGCAGCAGUUUCAGUCAACCAAAGGAAAGACAAAGAAGAUUGGUUUCUUCUCGGGAAGAAAGCGGGAGAGUAUUUUUAAAUCUCCUGAUGAUCCUCAAGGAAAGGUUGGUGUGACUGGAAGUGGGAAAGGUUUGACAGAGUUUCAAAAGAGAGAAAAACAUUUUCAUCUCAAGGAUGGUACAGUUGAGAAUGAUGAUUAGGUUAUGCAGCCCUUCGCCUCUCAUUGUAUUUAACAUGUUCAAGCCAUUUUCGACUGUAUUUAACAUGUUCAAACCAUUUUCUAGAGGUUUGUUGAUGCAAAACCAACCGAUGCAUGUUAUUAAGUGAAAUGUUUUUAGACUGUCCUAAGAGUAUGGUUUUAGUCCUAAUAUAUAUCUUUUCACCUUUUACCUUAAUGUAUUAUGAUGCAAUUAAUUUUGUUGGCUAAAUAGCUCUACUUU